UGCUCCGUCUCCACGUUUUCGUUUUCAAACUUAGCGCGAAUGUAUCGUUUAAUUUAUGUUUUUUUCAUAUUAAUGGUAGCAUGAAGCAAUAGUGGAUAAAAUAUGAAUAUCGACGAAAGUUUAAAAUUUUUUAAUGCACAUUUCUGCAAUGGUGACAAACUAUUGAAGUACUUUAUUGAAUUUCGAGACAUUCUUCACGGAACUGAACAUGCCAUCGAAUUUCAGAAAAUGGAAACAUUCUUAAAUUGUGUGAUAUUAUUAGAGAAAAGCAAUUUUUUCAAUUUUAAUAUUGUGAAUUCACAAGUUAUUACUGUCCAGUCAGAUAAUUUUUCUGAAAAUCUUAAUGAUGUUAUAUUAUCCAUUUUGGAGAUAUUCUGUUUUAAGUAUCAAAAUAUUCUGUUAAAAAGGCAACGAACACAUAUAACGAACACAUCUAAUAAUAUUAUUAUAUCUUUUGAUACUAUUGCAUACUUAGUUCAGCUAUUAAUUCCUAAAAUCAAAAAUAAAGGUUACAUACAGGCUUUAGUAAAAAAUAUAUCUUAUUAUUUGUGCGAGUUAACUAAAGAUACGAGACAAACUUAUGCUAAUUCUAUUGAAUUUGAGUCAAAAACUUUAUGUUAUUUCACAUUGAAAUUUCUUACCAAAGUUUUUAAAACUAUUCCAGUUAAAUGUUAUUUUGAAUAUAUAACAGAUGCUGACAUACUAAAACUUGUUGGUUGUUUACUCUUUCCUGAUAUUAUAAUUUUAAAGUUAUUUAUCAACCACAUUUUACCUGCAUUGCUCCAAUUUUCAUCUGUUUCACUUAAAACUGAGAUUUUGAAAUCUAUGUGGAAUAUGGUAUAUACAGAAUUUAAAAAUAAAGAUUAUAGUGACACAUCAGAAUCCAACUCUUAUAUAUACACUAUGACUUAUUGUGUGUCUGCAUACCUAUAUAAUAACAAUGCUAUUGAGACUUUGAAUUUUUACAUUCAUUCUGAGAUUAUCUUUUGGAAAAUAAUUUUAUCAGGCAUGACUUCUAGUCUUCCUUUUACACGUAAAAAAGUUUUAAAUAUAUUCAAAAUGUUUCUUAUGUGGAUAAAACAAUGUAAAAAAGGUGAGAAUAAUACUUACAGUGCCAGUUGUUCUUUAUUAUCAAUGAAUGCUGAAAAUGUUAAAAUCUGGAAUGAUGUUGUAAUUCUAUUCGAAAGUCUUGAAGAGAAACAGAUUCAUGUGAUCAAGCCAGUUCUUCCUAAAUUUUCAAGGAUUCUUUCACUUGCUGCGAGAGAAAAUUCUUCAACAGAUGAAAAUAAUGUGAAGUUGAUUUCAGCUUGGUUAAUGGCUCUUAUAUCAAGAAUGCUAAAGCAUGAAACAAAAUUUAUUAUUAAAUGGGCAUUAUCAACUGUCUUAACUUUUGAUUUUAAAAAACAUGUUCUCCAUGAAGAUAGUUUGAAGAUGCUGAUCAAAAUUCUUUUUGAAACUUUAAAUGAUCAAAGUCUGUACUCUAGGAAUAGUGAGCAGGAUAAUUACUCUUUGUUCCUUUCUUCAGAGAAAAUUUCAAAGUUUUUGAAGAAUUAUAUAUCUGGUUUAAAAUUUCCUAGUGAAAAAGUUACAUUUUUUAGAUAUCUUUUGAAUAUUAUUGCUUCUCAAUCAUGGUGCAUAGUAGCCUUAUUACACAUAACUGUCGCUUUAUCUACUUUGGAAAGUACACCAUCAUGGAGCAAAUCUGAUAUAUCACUUAUCAGAAAUAUUGUUGUGAAUUGUCAAAGAAGUCAUGAGCCAGCUUUUCGAGCUUCUCUAGAGUACUUUAUGAUGGAGUGUUGUACACUUUUCAUGGACUGGAACUCUUUGCAUAUUGAAAAUUUGGUUGAAUUGUUAUCUGUAUUCAAAAGUUCUGCUGUAAGUCGUCAUUCUAAGCCAUGGAAUAAUUUUGCCGCACGGAUACAUGAACUUAUUUUUAAUGAAUCUUCAGGAGCCAUUACUCAAGAUACUGCUACUGAAUAUUGUACAAAGAAUAUAACUAAAAUUUUAGAAGUCAACAUAAAUGAAGCUCCUGAUGCUGAUGUUGAGGAAGUGGAACUGGAAAAAAUGGCUAGAAUGCUGAUGUUGUUUGCUGAUGCUUCCGUUAUAUCAGUUGAAAGUACACAAGACAAGUUACACUGGAAUUCUAUAUUAAAUCCAGUUAUUUCAAUUAUACAAUUUGCUUCAAAUAGGCCAUACAUGCAUAGUAAGAAAUUUCUAAGUUCUGUAAAAUUAAUCACUCUUUUGAUCAAAGAAAGUCAUGGCUGUGAUAAAAUCGAAUUAGAUCCUCAUACAACUAACAUAAUUGGAAGUCUGAAUCAAAGUCCUGAAAUAAUUGAAUUCUUAUAUCAAAGGUUAUUCAUGAACAUUUACAACAACAGUUGUAUCUCACAAAGUUACAUUCUUUUUGAAUUUUUUGACACAAUAAUUGCUGAGUCUAGACUGAAUGGUUUGUUCUUAUCCAUCAUUCCACAGAUGAUGAAAAAAGUUGAAGAUAUUUUAGAAGAUAAAACACAAAGAAGAAAUUUACUUUUUUCUUUAUGGAAGAUUUUAGUGAGUCUUGUAAAUAGUGGAUUAGCCAUAAACUUUAGUAUUAUUCAAUCACUUAACUAUAGAAUCUUUUCAGAAGUUUUGAAAUGUGGUAUCUUACAGGAGUGUUUGUCAAAGCCAGCAAAUUUGGAUGGCAUUAGAAAAGAACAGUGGUUACGAUUUUCUCAUCAGUCAAUUUGCAAUUUUUGGUGUGUUAUACAUUCAGUAAUUCCUCAUCUUUCAGAUGAUGAGAUGACUUUCAUAAUGUUGCCACUUAUUGAAGAAACUGAGAAAGUGUUUAAUGAUGGACCAAAGAUUGUGGUACCAUAUGCAAUUAGUUGCCUAAAACAGAUAAUCCCAAAAUUGGGCAAACAUAAUUUAUCUAUGAUGUCUGCAUUACUUGAAGUUGCAUGGAAAUCUUGUUUAGAGCUUCGUGGAAAUGAAGCCUUUCGUCCUUCGCUUAGUUCUUUAAUUGAAAUAAUUUUUCAACCAGAUAUGAUACAAGAAGCAUUCUUCCCUUCUUUAGAUAUGUACUUUAAACGUUUUAAGGAGCUUUCUGAGAGUACUUCAGGUAUUUUCUAUACAUUUAUAAAACAAUUCUGCUCUGCAAUUCCACUCCGCAAAUUAUUAGAGUCAGGAUUUAAUUGCAUACACAUUUUUGUAUUUGCUCUAACCUUUGGUCCCAUUCACCAAAAAGCUCAUAAAAUUAUGGAAGAGACCUUAAUUUAUCUUUUGGAACAAGAUCCACAUCUUAGCAGAAGCCUAACUCUUGUUGAUAGCAACAAACCAUCCUGCUUUGUCAGAAUAACAAUUCUGGAAUAUCUUUUAGAGAAUUUAAAAGAAGAAACUAAAGAAUCAGAAGAUUUUGUAUUUUUAUUAAUUCAAGAGCUGAUGAUGGCAGAUAGUGAGGAUGAGAGCAAACCAACUUCUCAUUUUGCAAAUUCUCUUAGCCAUAGAAUAAGAAAUCGGGCAUGGCAAUCAAUUUUACUUAUUCAACAUUUUAUUAAAAAUAAAGUUUUGAAUGAACAGCUUUUGCUGAAAACAUUAACUGCUCUAGGAGCUGAAAGCCAACAACCUUCGAUUCGUUACUUACAAGAAUGGGUUACAUUCAAUGUCCUUCAUGUUGAACAGAGCUUCAUUAAUAAAUUUAUUUUGAUAAUCGAUGAUUCACUAGACAAACGACCCAGUUACAUCAUCUCAGUUGUUUCCAUCACAAAUCUUUUAAUUUUGCAUCAAAUAAUCAAUGAAAAAAAUAAUAUUGCAAAAUGUUUUAAACUUUUAACUAUUUUAUGUAUGGCUCAGAAUUUUACAGUAAGACUUUAUGCACAAGUGACAUUAACUAAUUUAUUUGAAUUGUGUCAGCAAAUGGAUAUUUCAAAUUUUAUUAACCAAUAUGAAUUUGUAUCACAAAUGAUUGAUAUGCAAACUACCAUGGUGGAAGGACAUGGUAAUUUUUUCAAGAACAUUAAGAAGCUUUCCUCUGAUUUUUACUUUUCUGCUUUUAACCCCAUCAACCAUUUUAGCUUAGAGACAGUACUGUAUGAUUUACCUCGUCUCUCUACUCUUAGUCCUGAUGAAUGGAUUAGACCAGACUGGUUUAAUAAAAAUUGCUUUCAUGUAUUAACUUAUAAUUUAGAUGAUAGCUUAAAGAAAAGCUUACCCACAUCAUGGACAUCUAAGAUGUUAAAUGAUAAUCUUGUUACUGAAAGCAAUUCAUUAGAUUACAACUUCCAGAAAAAAAUCAUGCCAGUGAAAGAUAUAAUUGAAAGUAGCGACGAUGUGGUUCUUAUAAAUUUAGAGCAAAAGCAAAUUCAAAAAGAUGGUUUAAUUGUUGUUGCUUCUCUGAUAGAUAGAGUUCCCAAUUUAGGUGGAUUGUGUCGAACAUGUGAAGUGUUUGGUGUGAAGGAAUUUGUUAUAGGUUCUCUUCGAUAUAUUGAAGACAAGCAGUUUCAGAAUUUAGCUGUUUCGGCAGAUAAGUGGGUUUCCAUUAAAGAAGUUAAAACUUAUAUGCUCAAAGAAUAUUUAAUGUCAAUGAAAGAAGAAGGAUAUACACUUGUAGGAGCAGAGCAAACAGAAGAUAGUUGUAAUUUGAAGGAAUAUCAAUUCCCAAAGAAAUCAAUUUUAUUACUAGGUCAUGAGAAAGAAGGUUUGCCUGUUGAGUUGAUCCAGCUGUUGGAUACUUGUGUGGAAAUACCUCAACAAGGUGUUGUACGAUCUCUUAAUGUUCAUGUCAGUGGAGCUAUAUUAAUCUGGGAAUAUGCACGCCAGCAUAGCAAUUUAUCUUAAUUUAUGUAAUUUAUAGGAUUUUCGUGAAAUGUAAAGUUACUAAAUAAUUUAAUCUUCACUAACAUAUAAAAUUUUUUUAACUUCGUUGGGACGAUUGUUCCCAAAAAGAAGUGCUUCCUGUGGACAAGAUCUGCUAAGUGCCAACUAUAUGUACAAGCUUGAGCUCCUUCUCCUGCUAAGCUUAAUGUCCAUUAGCAAAAAAAUUCGUUGAAAUGUGUAUAAAUUAGAUAAAACUGAUAUUUUUUUAAAUAUAUAGUAAUAGGUAUUUCAUUAAAUCUAUUGUAUUUUAUUAUCA